UUUCCUGUCGCAGGAACACUAAUUUUGAUUACCAGUCUCUCAAGUGCACUUUACUGAGAGAAGCAAAUGCUGCUUUGUAAAUUAACGGCCAGAGCAGCAGCCAAUCACAGCGCUCGCGCCUCUUGUCUCUCAGUCACUAUUGGUCACUGGACUCGGCUGCUCGCGAGCAGCUUUUGGUUUCCUGUCGGCGCGAGCAGGUGUCCAGAUCAACGGGCGGAACGUGACGUCACACCGGGGGUUACCAGCAGCGAGUUUGGAGAAAGAGAAGCUUUGAGAAAACUCAGUGUGGAAGACAAUGCGGGGAAAAAAAGAAACGGCUUGGAGAUGAGUUUUCCCAACACGAGGCUCGCAUGCAGUCUUAUCACACAGGGGAAGAUGUAAUAUGAUGAUUUGAUAGGCGGAAAAUUCCUGACGCAGAAGCAGAGCUGAUAACAGGGCGCAUACUCUGACCGCGAUAUCUCAGACUACAUCGGUGCUACACAAUAACUGAUGAGAUAUUGUGGGGAAUGUGAAUAGAUUAAACCCGUGACAACAAUCUGUUCUUUACACAGAGAAGCGUAGGAGCCACGAAGAAGCCUGAAGUGUAGUACGCAGUGAAUGCACGGAAACUUUGACAGAUUACUGCAAGCAUGCAGCUGAAAAGCCAAUGCAGAGCCCAAGAUGCCUCCCUCAGGCAGCACCAUGCAACUCCUCUGUGAACAAUGGCCAGGUGGAGCUCUUUUGCAUUCAGAUAUGGCUUUGACCUGGGCAGUUACUUCCAUGACCUUCGACCCCUGGGCACGGGUGCAUCUGGCCUGGUGUUGUCUGCCAUUGAUAGACGAAGUGGGCAACAAGUGGCAAUUAAGAAGCUGGCACUGCGUGAUGCCAUGAGCAUUAAACAUGCAUUGCGUGAAGUAAAAAUCACAUGCCGUCUCCAGCAUGAGAACAUAGUAAGGGUGUAUGAGGCACUGGGCCCAUGUGGCCAGACUUUACCCCAGAACCUAGCCCAAGUCACAGAGAUCUACAUCGUGCAAGAGCUUAUGGAGACAGAUCUGGCCCGGAUAUUGGAGCAGGGCCCAUUGCCUGUGGCCCAUGCCACUUUGCUUUUUUACCAGCUUCUGCGAGGCCUCAAGUUCAUCCACUCAGCCAAUGUGCUGCACCGUGACCUGAAGCCAGCCAACAUCUUCAUAAACACUGAGCAGAUGCUGCUAAAGAUAGGAGACUUUGGCUUGGCACGUAUUGUUGACCCACACUACUCACACAAGGGCUACCUCUCAGAAGGAAUGGUGACUAAAUGGUAUCGCUCCCCUCGUCUGCUGCUCUCUCCGAACAACUACACCAAGGCCAUCGACAUGUGGGCCGCAGGUUGCAUACUGGCUGAGAUGCUAACAGGCCGAAUGCUUUUCGCAGGUGCACAUGAGCUGGAGCAGAUGCAGCUAAUUCUGGACACUGUGCCAGUGCUUAGGGAGGAGGACCAGCAGGAGCUGAUGAGGGUCAUGCCGUCCUAUGUCAACCACAACUGGGAGGUCAGGAGAUCGCUACAAGAGCUGCUUCCUGAGGUGGAGUAUGAAGCCAUAGACUUCCUGGAGAAGAUCUUGACCUUUAACCCAGUGGACCGGCUGACAGCAGAAGCAGCUCUGUCUCACUCAUUUCUCAGACAAUAUUCCUGUCCUCAGGAUGAGCCUGUGUCCCUCCAGCCCUUCCGCAUAGAGGAUGAGCUGGAGGACAGUCUGGUGAGCGAACAAGGCCACUGGGACAGUCUUUCAUCAGAUCUGUGCUGGAAGCAGCAGGAGCAGUGUGGCUGCAUACAGAGUGUGUCAGAAAUGGGAGAGACUGAGGAGGAUGAGGUCCAGAGAGAUCCUCGAGCCAAUUCCUCUGCCCACAUUGAGGAAGCUCUGGUGGAUCCUGGUAAGCACUCUCACAGCAGCUCGGCAGAGCGCUUUCUUGAGCAGUCGCACUCGUCUUUGGACAGGCUCUGCGGCCACUAUAUGGAACUGGACUGUGGGCGGUCCUGUGACUACAAAGUGGGUUCUCCUUCAUAUUUGGAUAAAAUAGCAUGGAGGGAUGGAAAGCCCCAACACUAUUCUGAGCCAAAGCUGAUUCUGGACUUGUCUCAUUGGAAGCGCAACACUCUCCCAUCUCCCAAAGAGGGGGAUGCUGAGCAGCUACAUGCUGAGGAACCUGCUGAUUUAUUCCAGGAGAUUUCACGCUGGGCAGCAAGCACACAACUGGGUCUUCACUCUCCCGGUUCACCUCAGGAGCCACCAGCCUCACCAGGGUCACCCCCUUUACCCAUUUCUCCUACUCUGCUUCCUCACUCACUCGCACAAACGCAGGCACCUUCUCUACUGUACACUUCCAACGUUCUUCCGCAUGGCAGGAGAAGUCCAGCUUCUUUCUUUUCCUCUCCUCCCCCCCUGUUGCCUUCCUCUCCCUCCUCCCCUACUCCAGGUUCAUUAACCCCUUUUCAGGACAAUAACGAAGUCUCGCCAAUAGCUAGCAGAGAGGAACAUUCUCACUUUGACCUGGAUGUGUUCAUCUCACAAGUAAAACGUGAGAGCAGUGUUACUUCUAUGCAGGGUAACAUUAGCUGUACCUCUAGGAUUUCAGAGCACAAACCUUACAGAACUCAAAAUUCAACUCCAGAUGAGGUCAAAUCUCAAAGCUUUCACGAAGAACAAUGGUAGAACUAGUGGAGAGUUGAGAAGACUUACCUAGAACUGGGUGACUGAAUACCUGAUGACUUAGUGCUGCUCUUGCAAGGUUGCGUAGUUUAAUUUAUGUUUGACAUAUAAUAUAUAAAAUUUUUGUCUGAUUUUAUCGGUUUCCAACGGAUCCUAAACUGUGGUCAUAUCUCAGAGGAAAAAUUCAAAAGGGGAGAAAAAAUUGUGAUAUUUUGCCAUUCUCCCUAGGACUAAAUAUCUUACAAAUCAGUGCAAGGUCAUACUGCAGAAUCCUCAAACAGAUGUUAGAUCGAACAAGUUUUCAUUUUGUGCUCAAUUUGGAGCCAUUUAUGCAGAAAUCCAUAGAGUUCCAAAGUGUACACAAAACUUUAUGUAUAACAGAAACAUUACUGAAUGUAGUUUUACGGUUCUUCCAACAGUAUUUAAAUGCAGAAGAAAUGGACUGUUUUUUAAAUGGCAAUUCAUGCACUCGGCAUAGGAGCUGCUUUUUAUACAACUGUAAUCUCCACCUUUGCAAUAGUAGACAGUAAUGGUAUGCUUGAUUACUGUUUCCAAAGCUUUCACCUAAUAAACUUAUUCCUUGUAAUAUACAAAUUGUUUUUGUACUUGUCUUAUUUUAGUUCUAGGCUCCUUUUCCCUAUUAUUUUCAAUUAAACAGUCCAUAAUCUGGCUUCAUUAAACUGUUGAUGCUGGAGCUGCAGGUAGAGUUGCUACCUGACAGCUACAGGGUUGAUUGCCUAAGCUCAGGUUAUCACCUGCAUACAGUUUUGCAUGUUCUCCCCAUGUCCUUCAGGUUCUCUGGUUUCAACCCAUCUCUCUCAAAAAAAAAUCUUGCCAGAAGGUGGAUUGCAGACUCCAUAUUGCCCCUAGGUGCGAAUGAAUGUGUGAAUAUGUGUGAACAGUGCCCUGUGAUUGACUGGUGUCCCAUCCAGUGUGUAUUCCUGCCUCACACUUGCCAGGACAGGCUUGUAAAUCCAUCGUUAUCCUUGACCAGCACAAAGUGGUUACUGAAGAUCAACGAAUGAGCGGGAACUUACACAAACCCGUAAAAGUUGCGGCACAGGGUAAAUGAAACAUAUGCACAUUGGUGUUAUUCUUUGUCAUUUUAAUUCCCAUAAUUUAAUUAAUUCAAAAUGCAGACAACUCUCACAAAAAUUCCAAAAAGAAAUAGAAACUGCAAUACAGUACAUAUGCAGAUAAGGGUAGUAUUUUAGGUCUAUGGCCCUGUUUUAAGAGGGUACUAGACAGUUUACAGCAUGGCAGCACAGGGAAAACACGCAGCAGGCAUCAGCAGGGGAGCAGGCUACAUUCGCUCUAGGUUUCAAUGCGAAUGAGAAGACAAAAAAGAAAUGCAAUCAGUACACCCACUAAAGGAGAAUGCUGAUAUGAUGCCAAGCAAAACUGGAAAGUUAUCUACAUAGUUAACUGGAUGGUUACGUUGCAAAUCGUCCAAUUUCUCAUAUAUGAUACUGUACACCGAAUUCAUAUUAGGUUCAUAAAGAUAAGGGCUAAAUCAAUUCAGAGAUUUAAUGAGUUAUCCAUAAAGCUUUAUGAAAUACAGCAAUUGGCACUUGUCCUAAAUGAAGGACGUUUACAAUAGUUAAAUGCUACCAUCCUGUGG